AUGGUGUACCUCGUUCUGUGGUACGGCACGUCGACGCUGACGGCGCAGUUGACCAAGGCGAUCUUGAACCAGUUCGACUUCCCCGUGUUUGUCGGCGAGUUCCAGUUCUGGUUCAACUUUGUGCUCGGGUACGCCACCAUCGCCGCCUCCCGCAGAGCCCCCUUCACCCGCAUCAAGCUCUGGUUCCCGCAGUCCACAUUCCCGCAGAACAGCAAGUUUGUGCUGAGUCGCCAGAUGUUCAAGUUGUUUUUCCCCAUGGGCACCCUCCAGUUUGUCGGCAAGUUGUUCAGCUUGGCCGCCACCUCCAUCUGCCCAAUAGCAACCGUCUCCUCUAUCAGAGCACUCAGCCCGUUGUUCAUCGUCCUCGGUUACAGACUCCACUACAGGAUCCUCUUCUCCCUACGAACAUACCUCUCCCUUGUGCCCCUAUUGUUGGGCGUCAUCAUCAUCGUCAUCUCCCAAUCAAACUCCUCCGCGGAGUCCUCCGACCAGAUCUCCAUUUACAGCGAGCAGUUGGACAACUCAUCAAAUAACAUUUUGUACACCGCCGCCGACUCCAUCGGCUCCACCGGCUCCGCUAGCACCGCCCACGAUUUAAACACCCUCAUUGCGCACAACCCAGAACAGGACAUAUCCAUUUUGUCCACCAUCAUCAAUACCAUCCACAACAACCAGAUUCAGUUGCACGGCAUUUUUUACGCCCUUCUCUCAACUUCAGUCUUUGCUGCAGGCUCCAUCUACACCAAAAAUGUCAUCACAAACAACAACGUCGGCAAGUCAAAGGAGAAGAAAGAAAUCGUGCGAUUGGCCCUCUUUUCCUCAGACUCAACAGCCACGUUGACAGCCCUAGAUUUGGAGAAAAAUGAGAUUUCCAACCAUCAAGAAGAAGAUUAUCUCGACCGGGUGAAAGAACCCAAGAUAGACAAAUUGACAACCCUCAUGUAUUGUUCUCUAUAUGGGUUGGCUUAUUCUAUUCCAGCCCUUCUAAUUUAUGAACUGCCAACCCUAUUUUCCUCAAAACUUUAUCCCGCAACACUAGGAAAUACUCCCGCUGCUCAGACAACUCCAAUUCCGUAUUACACUCUAAUACCAUGGAAGCUUCUCAUAGUCAAUGGGUUUUCAUAUUUCUUUCAAUCCCUUUUAGCAUUCCACAUUUUGGGAAUGCUACCUACAGUCACAUACAGUAUCGCCAACAUGAUGAAACGUAUAGUGGUUAUAUCAAUUAGUAUAAUCGCCCGUGGUAGACAUUUGACCAUACUAGAAUGGCUGGGCUUGUUUCAUGUUACGGCAGGAUUGUACGUUUAUGAAAAAUGGGGUGCAAAACAAAAAUAA